UCUUAACCCUAUUCUUCAAACCUUGAUCAUUCGGCGAUAUAAUCCUUUCAUUCGCUUGUGACAUCGAUCGACGACAUCCUUCUUUCACGUCAGUAUCCAGUCUUACGAUCACAACCUCGAGUUUUCGACAUACAUGGUUUCUAGAACGAUAGAGGAAAUAAUAUGAGGAUACCGGCACCAUCCGUAGACGACGGGAUGGAGUCUGGACGACCUCAGUCUAGCCAGACCACGGUCUCGGUUAACUUUGACGAUGCCGAUUCUCUUUCUUCCCAUCCGCGUAUUAAAUUUGGCGUCGCAGAGUGCAUCGAGACCAAAACGAUCACCACUACUACCACCACUAAGCGAUCCUACCCACCACUCCUCGUGAGAGAGUCUAAACCACUCUCGUCUCUCGACUCUAAGGAAUAUCCUCUCGCCCAGAAGCCCACGCCCCCCGAGUUGGCCAAAUUCACUUUCAAUGUUACCCGCUACGGUGGCAUAUCCUGGCCCGUCGACGAUGAUAUAGAACAUCAACAAGAUGCCUCAUCCCAGUCCCAACAAUCUACCAGUAAUGAACCCACACAAGAGAUUAAGACGGAGCCAUCAUUAGACGUCUCUCAUCCUCAAACUAGUCGACGCGCAGCGAAAUCCUAUCUACAAUCGUCUUCACGUAGAAGUCAUAGGAUAGACUCUCGAGCCUCUUCGCCCGUUGUUGGUGGAUCUAUUAAGAAGAGUUCGCAGAAGCAGUCGACACGAUCCUUCACCCCAAGUCUCGCGCCUGCCGUAUCAGACAAACUUCGUCGCGCCUUAACCAACGGCUCUCGCAGGGAUGCUGUUAAGAAUAACACGAAUAGGUCUACGAGUGAUUUCCCGGUUACUCCAGACGCAUCUGAGCUGAUCCCCGUUAACACGAACCGAUCAUUUCAGCUACGCAAUUCGAACCUCGACUCGUUCGAGACCCCGGAAUCGAACAACACCAGUCAAUCACAGUCCUUCUUUGAUAUCUCAAGUCCGUCCGGCAGUGAUUCGCAUACCGUUUUCAGCAGUAACGUGGCUACUCCCCCCAUUACCGAUGCGGACGCAGAUGCUGAACCAUUCGCCGACGUUGAUGCCGACGAGUCCCUCCAACAAUCUAUUCGUGCUUUACAUCACCCACGGCCCAUUAAUACUCUUGCCGCUCAGGAUGCAAGCUUACCUAGUCCGCGCUUGUCCCCGACAUUGCAGGCUUCUAGAUUCCACGAACACGAACAGGACGAUGGGGACAACGCUGUGGACGAGGAAGUAUCCCUCAUCUUCCAAGAUGAUAGCCAGAACACGAUGGAUUACGAAUCCGGCCCAUCUUCUGCUGCUACCGAUCCUCCAUCUAUGGUUGUCAGACGUUUCGAAGACGCUUCUCAAUACUCUCAGCCGACGAUAUUAGACACACGCUCGAUGUUGGAGACCUUUGACGCCAUGCCUGCCGAGAUGAAAUCGUUCAUGAUGUAUCAGUUCCUGCGAAGAUGUUCCAGAAAAACGCUACACGUUGUUGCCGACGUAGUCAACCCGGCGUUGAAAUGCGACAUCUUGAAAGAGUUGCCUCUCGAGUUAACCCUACAUAUCCUUUCCUACCUAGAUCUCCGUGAUCUCUGCCGCGCGGCUCAAGUCUCGAAACAUUGGCGGGGCAUUAUCGACAGCAACGAGACCGGUUGGAAGGAACUCUUCGAUCGUGAUGGUUUCACCAUAGCACCUGGUGAGCUUGACAGAGCUAUUAAAGAAGGAUGGGGUUGGCAAGACCCGGUAGGGCCCGAAGGUUGCGAGCGUGACUAUAGUACUCAGGCUCGACUUACGUCUACUGAAUCGGAACUAAUUCGAUCCUCAAAACCCGACCCCCCUCCGCAAAAGUUGCGGACUUCAAAGCGUAAGAGAGCCUUGAAUAGCUUUGGCUCUGAACGAUCGAAACGACGAGCGAGCGCCCAGGAGAUGGCGAAGGAUGAGAAGACGUAUACCGGCGAACGAGUCCACAAGUCCGAGGGACCUAUGUCUGCUGCCAACGCCGCCGUCUUAGCCGUUCCCGACCCGCAUAUAGGCCUUCCGAGCCUCAGGAAGCUUCACCUGUUUAAGUCUCUCUAUCGCCGUCAUUACAUGAUUCGCAAGAGCUGGACGAGUGGCAAGGUCGAGCCUAGCCACGUCGCGUUCGCAGCUCACCCUCGCCACGUCAUUACGUGCUUGCAGUUCGACGAGGAUAAGAUUAUUACCGGGAGCGACGAUAUGCUUAUACACGUCUACGACACCAAUACCGGUAAGCUCCGUCGCCGCCUAGAAGGCCACGAAGGUGGCGUCUGGGCUCUGCAGUAUGAGGGAAACGUUUUGGUAUCUGGCUCGACGGAUCGCUCUGUUCGUGUAUGGGACAUCGAGAAGGGUCUUUGCACCCAAGUAUUUUAUGGUCACACUAGUACUGUAAGAUGCCUACAGAUUCUCAUGCCGACGGACACUGGGAAAGUGGAAAAUGGGCAGUCCGUCAUGAUGCCGCCUAAACCUCUUAUUAUCACGGGGUCUCGCGAUAGCCAGCUAAGGGUUUGGCGUCUUCCCGAAUCUGGAUCAAGGAGAUACAUACAGACCGGACCACCGGCUAACGACGCCGACUGUCCUUAUUUCAUCCGCACGCUUCAAGGCCACAACCACUCAGUUCGUGCUAUUGCCGCUCACGCCGAUACGCUCGUCAGUGGAAGUUAUGAUAACACCGUUCGCGUAUGGCGUAUUAGCACGGGAGAGACAGUCCACGUUCUGCAAGGACAUUCGCAGAAAGUGUACAGCGUUGUGCUUGACGUCGCUCGCAAUCGAUGCAUAUCUGGUAGUAUGGAUAGCUUCGUGAAGAUUUGGGAUCUCGAAACGGGAUCUUGCAUACAUACUCUCGAAGGACACUCGCUACUUGUCGGACUACUUGAUCUUCGUGACGAACGCCUCGUCUCGGCGGCGGCGGACAGCACCCUUCGUAUCUGGGACCCCGAGAGCGGGCGUUGCCAGUCGACGCUGACAGCUCAUACUGGUGCGAUUACUUGUUUCCAACAUGACGGGCGAAAGGUUAUUAGUGGUAGCGACCGAACCCUCAAGAUGUGGGACAUCCGCACAGGCGAAUGCAUCCAAGACCUUCUCACCGACCUUAGUGGGGUCUGGCAGGUCAGGUUUGAUGAACGCCGAUGUGUCGCGGCUGUCCAGCGAGACAACUUGACAUAUGUCGAGAUUCUUGACUUCGGCGCGGUUCGUGAUGGUAAAUCUCCCGAGGAACUUGGCAAGCGUAUUCUACUGAAUGCACCCGAGGUUCAGCGAAUCAUUGACGAAGAUAAUUAAUCGAUCUGAGUUGGCGCAACCCGAUUCUGACGGCUCGCUUUAUAUCCACAUCUGAACCGCGAAUACGUUGAAAGGGGGUUUCCCUUGCAAGUUGAGGUUGUUACUCAUUUACUUAUCGCUAUAUCAUGAGCAUGCGAUAAUAUGCCACUACAAGAUGAAUCUUGAGGCGAUACGUGAGACUGUCUUCUUAUAUUUUGUCUCCGUGUCGGGCCGGCUUUUGA